UUCCACUUGCUCAUCCACCACUACUCAACCAAACGUCUCCUUCUUAACUUGUCUUUGUCUGUGUUGCUAAGGAAAAUGGCCUGCUCUAAGACCUUCCUCCUUCUUGUCGGACUUGCCUUUGCUGCUCUUCUUCUUAUCUCCUCUGAGGUCUCUGCUCGUGAAUUUGCAGAGGCAGUUCAAACCAAGGAGAGCACAAACGUAGAUAUAAACGGCUUCCCAGCAGGGAAAGGGCAUGGCCAUGGGCACGGUUGCGGACAUGGACAUGGACAUGGCCAUGGAAGUGGGCACGGACACUGGAAGGGGCACGGCCACGGACACCGCGGGAAGCAUGGGCAUGGUGGUGGUAAGACAAAAGAGUACUGGAAGCUGAAGCUGGAAAUUAGAAGAAAAAUAACUCUUUCCCUAUGGCUUAUUACUGUUACCAUGUGUCACUUAUAUAAGAAGUAUGCGAAUAAGGCCAUGCAGACGUUUGCGUGCCCUCCAUUACAUGUCCCCCUCUCUGUUAGAGCUGCCCUCUUCUUUUUUUUUUUUUAUAAUUUUGUUCUUAUACUGAUAUGA